UCGAAGGGGAAAAAACCUACCCUAGACUAUAUAAGGAGGGCAUCAGAUACCUUGGAGUUUAUCUCUCAAACAAAUCCUCAUAUUGUUCUACAAAAAAUAAGCUAUUAGAAAAAAUCCUAAAGUUCACCAAUGCAAUUUCAUCACAAAAAGGAUGGAAUGGUUUAAUAACUAGACAAGCUUCUCACUGGAUUAUACCAGCACAAUUAGAAUAUGCCAUCAAUGCUACAGUCCCAUCAGAUAAUGAAAUGGUCAUCCUUCAAAGGAAAAUGAACAAACCAAUUAAAGCAAGAUUAGGUGUCAAGCAUAUUAUUUCCAAUAAAAUUUUAUACUCACCAGCAAGUCUCAACAUUGUCAAACUUCAAAACUGUUGUGAUCUCACCACCAUUAAAAUUUUGACAGUCAAACUCACCAAUUUAAAAAUCUUUCCCGUCACUUCAAGAGAAAUCAUAUCAAUACAAGCCGCCCAAGCAAUCUGGUGCUGUCCAAUCUGUUUCCCUUAUUACUUUACUGACUCAUGGAUAAUAUCAACAGCCCUACUAGCCAAGAGAUAUAACAUUAGAAUCUGUCCACUUCCCUGCCCUUUUAAUCAUAAUAACCAUGAGAACUCAAUUGGUUUAAACAUCAAACUCACAAAAGCAACUGCUCUUUCACUAUAUUACUCUAAUAUUAAAACCAUCUAG